AUGGUGUCAUGCACUUCAAGAAUUGAACAAUAUGGACGUUACGAGGUGAGCACGCGUCUAUUUCUGACUUGGCCGAUUGAUAAUGCACUUUUUAUCACAACCGACCGUAUAUCUAUCUAUCUAUCUAUCUAUCUAUCUAUCUAUCUAUCUAUCUCAGUCUGUUCUUAUCUAUCUAUCUAUCUAUCUAUCUAUCUAUCUAUCUCGGUCUGUUCGUAUCUGUCUAUCUAUCUCGGUCUGUUCCUAUCUAUCUAUCUAUCUAUCUAUCUAUCUAUCUAUCUAUCUAUCUAUCUAUCUAUCUCAGGCUCAUUAAACGACUCACUGUGGUUUCUGACUUGGCCGAUUGAUAAUGCACAUUUUAUCACAACCGACCGUAUAUCUAUCUAUCUAUCUAUCUAUCUAUCUAUCUAUCUAUCUAUCUCAUUCUGUUCAUAUCUAUCUAUUUAUCUAAUUUCGUCCUUUCCUAUCUAUCUAUCUAUCUAUCUAUCUAUCUAUCUAUCUAUCUAUUUCAGUCUCUUCAGAUCUAUCUAUCUAUCUAGCUAG